GAUAAACCUCAGCGCCGAGCUUAAUUCCGCCUUGCCGCACUCGUAGGGCUGAGGUCUGCGAAGGGCGAUAGCGCGACAACCUCUCCCCGCUUCACCUCUGUGACCAAGCUCCGUCGCAACAUCAUGGUUUUGUGCAAGAGAACCCCGGUCACGUACGUGCCGCCGCCCACGGGCGUCAACGACAACCAGCUCGUAUGGACCAUGAAGCUGACCGGUGAAAUCUUCACCGACUACGAUGAGUACAUCAAGAGGUUGGACUAUUAUCGCACGAAGCAAUUCACCAACUUCAUCAGCGGCCAGUCUGGUUUGACCUUCUUUGAUGCCUACGAGGCCGAGGAUGAGAAUCAACGCGAGGUCGAGCGCUUGUUUCCGCCUGCAUUGCGCUUUCAUGUCUGCCGUCGCGUCCAUCACUCGACAUCUCCCCGGUUAGACGAUCUCGUUAAGUCUGUCUACCGGGAGCUCCAGCAUGACUUUUAUCCUGGUGAGGAUGUCCUUGCGCAUGUCGAAGACAGCACCGAUCGUCUCAGAGGCACGAUUCGGGACAAGAUCACCUUUUCGGACGCCACGAGGAACCAAGCCCCACUUUCAAGGUACUUCGUCACCAUUGAGGGCGGAGAAGCUGGUCAGUCAGACGCGUUAUUAGACAGCAAGUGUCUGUCACGGAAUAGGAACCAGUUCACACGCGGCAUCCUCCGGAGUUAUAUCCGCCACGUCUCCUUCAAGGAAGGCUACAACGAUGCUCCUUGGCAGGUCAAACCUCACCUGGUUGCAGAGUUUAAGCUUCCAGCAGCCGUCCCAUAUGAGCUUACUAAGGAGGGAAUCCAGUUGAGGAAGAAGCAAGAGGCGGCCGCGACCAAGUCAGACACCCAGUUCUUCGAAUACGUGCGCGGACCGAACCAGCAGAUGCAGAAACAGGCUCAGUCAAAUUUCAUUCACCAAUUCCAGGCACAACCUGUACCGAUUCCACAGGCCGGCAUUUUCAAAACGACGCCUAGUGGUGCCAUGCAGCCAUACUUUCCGCAGCCGACGAUGCCGUAUCCCUUCCCCGCAGAAGGACAUUAUCCGGCGCAGACGUCUCUUCCGCAGAGACCGACUCAGCAGGCGGCACCUCAACCGCCGGAUCGCCCAGUCAAGUAUCCCAUCGAAGAUCUUAUGCUACCCCUCUCGCGCAAUGGCUCCAAGCGUCCGGCUUGCAAAUUUCUCUCUGACGACGUACCUGAUGGUGCUCAACCUCCGACCGAGAAACUUGGCAUUGCCAUGAAGAACGUGGGCAAACUGCUGUCUCUGUGGCAGACUCUGAACGUCCACUCGGAAGUCUUCAUCCUGGACUCCUUCACCGUGGAUGACUUCAUCGAUGCCCUUAAGUUUGAUGGAGAUGCAAACAACUGUGAGCUUCUUGUUGAGAUUCACUGUGCUAUGCUCAAACAGCUGGUUGGGGCUGAUGGCAAGACUCUGGUGCUCUCCGACAUAUCUCCGGAAUUCUCAGAGGAAGUCGAACCCGAAGAGGGAGCCGAUGAGGAUGAGUCGACCCCCGAACGCGAAGAGACGCCGCCUGCGAGGCGUACUCGUGCUAGCCUUAACAAACUGGCUGAGAAAGAGCCCGAGCCAGAAACGAAAGUAUCUCGCGAGCCAGUGCUGAAGAACAGAUCUCACAAGUUCCUCAAGAGCUUCAACUGGAUCAAAGAGCUUUCAAAGCGUAACUUCCAGGGCGGCGGUUGGCAGGCCAUUCUGGUUGGUGUUAUACUCCAGGCGACUCUGUAUCCUUCCCACAAGGAAAACUCUGAGCAGAUUUUGGCUCAUUUGAUGCCCCUCGACAUGAAGCCAGAAGUAGAGACCGCUCGUGUCCAGUUCAACACCAUGGACAUCAACCUGCGCAUUGCGGCACUCGAGAUCUUGUGCCGUUACGCAAUUUCAACUGUAGAGCUCCGCGGCUAUAUGGCUACUUGCAGCACGAACAUGACAACGAUUCGCAACUCCAAGAUGGAGAGGCAGAAACUGCGCAAGGAGCUUUUGAAAAAGCUUGUAGUUCUGGAGCAGCGUCUCAAGACAACGGAGAACCCGUCCCAGUCACCUCCCCAGGAUGCUAAUGGUGAUGUCAGCAUGACCGGAACAGAGGAGCCUGAUGCCACUGAGGAACCCAGUAUUGUCGACACCGAGGACGAGAAACCAACCAAGGGCCGUGUCCUCCGAAAGGGUAACAGCCUAAAGCGCAAGCGUGGCGAGCAGCUCCCCAAGAAAGUGGAGACGGCUGAAGAAAAGAAGCAGAAGGAAUGGAAGAAACUGAACACAGAGAUCGAGAACCUCCGCAAACAAAUCGGAAAUUGCGAAGUCAAAAUCGAAGACUAUGAUGAAGAGCUUCGUCAAAACUAUUGCCAGCAAUUGAGGCCCCUCGGCAGAGACCGGUUUUGCAACACAUACUACUGGCUUGAGCGUUGGGGCAUGCCGAUGGGAGGUCUGCCUACCAGCUCAACGGCCAGCUACAAGUACGUCAGUGGUCGUGUCUGGGUUCAUGGCCCCGACGAGCAGCUCCAUCAUGGUUUGCUUAAUCUCUCCCCCGGGGAAGACGCCGAGUAUAAACUCGAUAUCAGUGUGAAAGAUCGCCGCGAACACGAAGAGGGCCCUGGCUACUUUUCCAAUGCCAACGAAUGGGGCUAUUACGACGACCCUGAGGAUAUCAAGAAACUCAUUGAUUGGCUGAACGACAAGGGUUUCCGUGAGGUGAAGCUCAAGAAAGAGCUCGUCAUUUGGCAAGACUCGAUCGUGGAGCGUAUGAAAAACUGGAAGAAGCACAUGGCCGAGGUUGAGGCUGACAAGACCGCCGAGGACGACAGCAGCGGUAUUCAAACUCGCAAGAAAGCCUACCAUGAUGCCGAAGAAGUUAAACGCCCGUGCCUCAAGUGGAAGAACACUUGGGCCGUCGAAGAAUUCGGCAACAAGCACUAUGGACGCUAUCCCAAGAAAGCCAAAAAGGGGGGUCGCCGCUCCAGUUAGUUGCACCUACUGCAGUUUUGUCGACAUUCAAAUUCGUGAACGGCAAGUCCGAGUGGCUUGCAACGUCUUUGUCUUCCUCUCCAUGCUUGUCCUUGCCAUUUGCUUCUGCGUUACGGAUUCAAGGAACAGGUCGUACAUACCAAAGUCGAGGGUCACACCAUGACUCGAUGACUGGUAACAGCCUUGCGUCGCUUCUGUGGAUGCCUACUCUGGCGACCUUGCAUUGCUUUGUGGUUGCUUCCUCUAGCAUUUGAGCGAUUUUUCUCCCUUAGUUUGCUCCUUUUCCCCCUCGUCACCACAGCACUUUG